AUACUUGUGAGUGGUGAACUUCCGGCCGGUUUACGUUAGACGACGGUACUGCUUGUGGUCCAAAUUCAUCAUAAUUAGUCAGGGGUGGAUGUCAGGCUGCCAGGGUGGAAUUCAGGCGGAAUUGCCAAUGGAAGUGGAUGUACUUGCACAGUCGUGAGCUUGGAGACUGAAGCCUUGCCCUGCAGUUGCUAUGGAAAAAGUGUAUUUUUUCCAAGUGAUCUGACUUUGCAUGCAUCAAUUGCCCUCCACGGUGAAGGAAGACCUGACUCGAGCUGAUCCUGUUGCUACUUCGCUGUGCAAACCUGGGGGCAUUUCAUCAACAUUUUGUUUGAUUGGCUGAGAAGCACUGUUACUAUGAUAAUCAUUCUGCCUUCUGUUAGGGUGUAAUUCAUCAUGAUUCUCGGUGUGCAGCUCCCUUCCGUUUUGGUAUUUGCUACCGUCUUUCUCUCUAUUCUGACCUUUGACCUUGCCUCGGCUGACCAGUGGGAUCCCAGUAGCUUUGUUGCAUUUUGUGGAAAUGGUGUACCUUCAACCUGGCUAUGUGAUCCAGACAACCUACUUGCAGAUGGGCUUGUUGUCGAUGAACUUGCAUCCGUCAACAACAACACGAGUGGUGAGAUCUAUCUGGACUUGACUUACCAUUAUGGCUAUGUGAUAGCAGCUUCCGUUGUAGAAUCAGUGGUGAAUGGAGACUCGGAGGACCCUUCGUCAAGUGUAAUGCAGUUUGGGAAAGCUGUGCAGAAAAGCUGGUUUGGUGGAAGAAAAUGUGAUAAUUCAACGAUGGUGUUGGCUUCUCUAAACGCAUCUAAGGUUCUAGUCUUCCCAGGCAGUGGCGUAGAGACGAGGUUACGGACCCGCCACGAGGGUACGUGUAACGAGAUCCGCAUCGAUGCGUCCAACGUGACAGAUGGAGUGAUAGAGUGUAUCAUUGCAGUGGAUGAGAUGCUGAUGGAUGCUCUCAAACCCUACUCCAAUGCACCAUGGGGAUAUGCAGGCAUGGUGGUCAUCAUGACCAUGCUUGUCUUCCACUAUUGGAUCAAGUAUUGAAUACCUUGGCUGUACCAUCUACCCAUCCCCAUAGGAUUGCAUGUGCGUGUGUGUGUUUGUAUACAGACAGAUGAUAACCCAGAUGAGUUUCUGCCAGAACAUUGUAGGUAUUCUUUUCAAAAUGGCCAUUUUAAAUUAGUUCAACUCAAUUUCAUCAAUGAACAUUGGAGACACGUUGUCAUUCUAUUUUGAUUGAUAGUAUGAGUGUGUUCUGCAUUGCAAAUUUAGCAGAGCAGGACAAAUAUUGUUAGUCAUACCCUGGUUGAAAAUAAUCUGCCUCAUGUGAUCCUCAAUGCAUACCAUUUCUACACCCGGGAGAGGAGUGGCAAAUGCACCUCAUUGUCUUGCCAAAGGAUAGUACUUCUGUGCAGGAGACUGAAGUCUGUAGAUGUAAUUGUUCAUCUUGAUUGAAAAAUAAGUGGCUGAUGAAUUUCAUGAAUGGGAUAUCCUUAGUCAGUAGUCCAAAGUUUCGAAUCUGGUCUUUAUUAUGUAAUUUGUAGAAAUAUUUCAAAUGUGCCUGAAAAUCGUGUAUUGUGGCGAUUGAUUUUUUAUAUUUUGCAAUAAAUGCUGCCAAAGGGAGAUUAAUUUAGAUCGUAUUUUAACAGGAAUUUUUAUGAUGAAAAUGUAUUAUCGAUUGGUGUUGACAUGUACAUUGUGUGUUUUAUCUAUUCUAUCCAUGUAUGUUACCUUAUUGAUGUGAAAGCUCUUGUACCUUGCAUAUUUAUCUAUGAAAGUUAUUCAUUUCUGGAUCUGUUAGAGGCUAAACUUCUGGAUGGAUUUUUGGUGGUCCAAAUAAUUGCUUAAAUUCCUUCAUUUUCAUAUUCAAUUAUUGAUAAAAUUCAUUGUCUUAUUGAUGAGACAGAAGGAUAGAAUACUAUUGAUGCCAUGCGAGUUAUACUAUUUAUUAAAUAUUGGCAUGGCAUAUACUUUAUUUUCUUUUUGGUUAAAUGAAUUUGGUUAAAAUAUACAUGUAUACGGAAGGGGGGGGGGGGGGCUUAAAUUUCCAUUUUGAUCCUAUUUGAUGUGCAGUAUUCUUUCAAACAGAAAAAAAUCCAAACUUUCAAAGAGAAAGAAUGUUGUGCGUCAUCUUGGUCCUAGUCUUCUUUUUUUCUACGAGUGGUACAGAUGAUAACAAAGGAAUUAUGUGUAUUAAAU